AUGGAAGAAAAGCUGUCUUCAGGUAUUGAGUACGGUUUCUUAGGAAUGGCUGUAGGCUUUAUAUAGGUAAUUUCAAGCUUCACCUGCUUAGUGAGAACAGAUUUUAACUUUGCUUUUUCGCUGCUUUGCUAUUACUUGUGGCACAAUGCAAAUGUUAAACAAGAUGAUAAAGAGAAUAUUGGGAAAAAACUGAUUCUCCUCAAUGUAGCUCUGGCGAUCUUGGACUUGAUAUGGCUAAUCACUAUGGGGAGUGUCUGGUCAAGCACCCCUGAAAAGAAUCAAGAUUUGUGGGAUGAGUUGUCAGGCAUCCACUCAUUCGCUCUAUUUUUGUCUUGGAUCAACUGGCUUAUUAGAGUAAAUAUCACUUAGGCUGCGAUAAUUGGAGGAUUAGUUUAUAUGUUUAAAGAAGUUGUCAGCAAUCCUAAAAGUUUGAUUUCUGGAGAAGCAGGAUAUGAUAUGGGCUCCAUUAACCCUAACUAA